AAUUAUAGAAAAACAGUAGAAAGUAUCUUUCAAGCCUAUUGCAUAUGAUUUAGAGAGACAUCUUAAAAUUGUUUAUACUGUACGUACGAAGAGUAGAUAUGUAUGUAUCUAUAUAUAUAUACAGUAUAUAUGAAUAGAUAUGCGUGUAUAAUAUAUAUACAAGUAGGAUUCUCAUCUUGAAUAUAUUGAAAAUAAUACGAAAUAAGCAUGAGAGGAGCUGGAGAACAAGAGGAAUCGUUUCUCAAACCGGAAGGCUAUGGUUAUAACCACGGAAAGAAGGGAAGAAGGGUUGGAAAAUUUAAGGCGAAUGCCGCAAAAUUACUCGGAGCAUUCCAGUUUAUUUUAGCUACAGUUUUAUUAAUAAUAAUAUCAACUCUUAUCGGAGUUCUAUCGGAUCGUAAUUCUAAAAAGGGUUCUUAUCUCAAUAAUAUUGAAUUAGAAGUAAUGUGCAGUUUUGCUUACGUCUAUUGGUGUGUACUAUUUUUUGCCAUCUCUGGAAUAUUUGGAAUAGUUUCCGGUUAUAAGAAAGACAAAUGUCUCAUCAUCUCAUUUAUGGUUCUGUCGAUCUUUUCGUCUUUUUUCUGUUUGCCUCUCUUGUUUCUAUCAGGAAUGUCUCUAUUUAAAUUUCAAUUUUCAAAGGGAUACCUCGAGGCUUACGACUGGACGAAUGAUCAACUUUCACUUAAAUUGUCUGUAAUCACUUCAAUAGUGAUAGUGGUCUGUUCAAUAUUAGAAGGAGUAUUGGGAGUAAUAUCGUCGGCUGUGUGCUGCGCGAAGGUUUGCUGUAUGAGAGAAGAACAACCAAACUCGCAGCCUGUCAAGUUUAUAGAGAUGAAAAACUUUCAAGACGAUGGCGUUUAUCAUUCGAUUAGAUCGAGAAAUGAGUUACAGUCCGAUCCAAUGAAUACAACGCAACUACCUCCGGAUUAUCUCAACUCUUUCUACACUCAAUACGAGAACCACGAUUUACAAAAUAUUUAGUAAAGUUGGAGGGAGAACAUGCGCCAACAGACACUUUUUUAAUCUCGAUAUAGAUCCCCUUGAAACGAGGCUGUAAAGAGGAGACGACUGGAUGAAUAGUUGACCAAAGACAAUUCAGAAGGCGUCUCCGUAAUAAAUCUACUAACACUAAUACUAUUAAAGCUAACAUAUAUAGAUAUCACUAAUCAUUGAAUAAAAUUAUUUCAUUAUCUCUACUUUUGCUCUUCUCUCUUUGACAACUUUUAAGCGGUUCAGAAGAAACUUUACGCCAUCUAUAGGAGAGAAGAAAAAUGGAAAAAUAGAUACUGUAAUGACGACGACGAUGACGAUGUAGGAGAUAAUGAAAAAGGACUGAGUAUAUUUCGUUCCUCUUAUGAUCGAGGAAGGGAAAAAGAAAACAGAAUUGACGAGGAAAUGAGUGAUGAAAAGAGGCAAAAAUUGAAAAAAAAAGGAUAAAUAUUAAUGAUAUAAAAACUGUAAAAAGGGAAAAAGGCAUAGCAAACAACAAUAAUAGCAAAAAAUAUGGUUUAAAAGGUUUUAGUUCGGAAGUUGUUUUUUUUUUCCUAUUGAUUUAUAGAAAUGAUUUACGGGGUAUAUUGCAUGAUUAAUAUGGAGCGUUAAGAGAGAGAGAGAGAGAAAUUACCAUGAGGUCCUUUUUUCUCUCUCUCUUUCUUCAUUCAUUCACUCACUAUUUCCCUUUCUCUUCUCUUAUUUAUCCUCUUUUACUUUCCUUUUCUUUCGUUAUAUUAAGAAGGUUAGAUUAGUUUUGUUAUUAUCUAUAGAGUAGGUUCAAGUACCAGUAUGCUUAUAAGUUACAUACAGUAUAUUCUAUAGCAGUAUACCCGAUAUAGUUGCAUAAAGUAAAUACUCUUUUACACUCGAAUCAAGGAAAGGAAGUAUAUAAAGUGU